AUCGAUAAUUGCUUUUCUGUUUUGACGCGAGUUUCGCGGGCUUUACUGCAUCUGACGUGUCACGCGUGGCUCUUGCAUCUCGACUUUACGCGUCGUAGGACGUUCUCGUUUAAUCUUGUUAUGAUGUUAGUGGUGUGGUUUCGCAUUAUCCGCUUUAUUGACUUAGCGUGUGGGUGGCUUUUGGUCUCGUUAGGUAGACCUGUGGUGAAGGUAUCGUAACCGGGGCCCCAUAUGACCAUCGUCGUCAUUUAUUGCUUUAAUUGUUCAUGUAUUUUAUAUUUCAUUCUUAUUAACUGCUUUCUAAAUUUAGUUGCUAUUUUUAUGCCAAUAACGUUAUCGUUCACGUUUCCUGUCAGUUUCUUGUCGAUUUAGGCCUUUGGAGCGUUAUCAUAUGUAAGUUUAUUUUCUAUUAACUUCUGGUUAUGCAUUUUCUUUCCGCCCUCAUCUUGUGAUUGUUUAUUGAUUAUUUCAUUUUAUUUACAGUCAACCGUUUUACAAUAAACGCGUAUGACAUGGAACAUCUGUGUGCCUAAAUCUGACAAAGUUGAAUAUGACGCAUUUGUUGAAGAAGUCAAAUACUAAAGAAUCUGAAGCAACAGGCUUGCCAUCCUUAACCACGCUUAGACAAAAGCGUAUCAACACAGAGACUGAGUUUGAAUCAUUGUUGACCAAAAGUCGAAAUUUGAUAAACGAGAAGGCUCGAAGAUCGCAGCUGGCAUGCCUAAAAACAGAGUUACAUUUUAAACUGGCCGCCUAUAAUCAAAUUAUAUCGAACACAUUACCUCAAAUUCGCAACGCAGAGUCGAAAGCUGCUUUCGAAGAAUGCGUUCAGAAAGUGAUAUCUGAAGUUGAAGGUAUGAACGAUGAAAUUGAUAGUUACAUCGACCGUGAACCUGAAAUAUCGUGCGUGGCUCCUGACGAAGGGAACUCUCAGAUUUCAAGUGAAAGGAUGGAAGAGGACAGCGAUAAUACAAUAAAUCUCCAGCCAGCGUGCGCCAAGCAGUCCGGUGGUGAAAUGGGGGCGGCGACUGACCAACUUCGAGAAUCUAGAGCACGAGAACACGACGAUCGCCGAGAACACCAACUCUUUUAA